UUUUUAAAUUGUCCUUUUUUGAGUCUCUGAAUCACAAUUGCAGCAGCAACUUCUUGAGUUAUCCCAGGAACAGUUUGCAACUCAAAAACGCUCGCCUUAUUUACAUUAAUUAAUCUAGUUGAUCUACUUGUAGUCUUAGAAUCGCCGCUCUUCAAACUAUCAUAACUGGGUGCUCUUGAAGACACACUCUUAUUAAAAUUCCUCCUCAAGUUGACACAAAUUUCUGGUUUUAUUUGCUGCAGCUUUUGCGCCCCUAUGCCUGGCACCAGAGCCACAUCUUCCACUUUUCUGUAGCGCCCUAUGGCUUUUCUGUGCUCGACGAUAUUUUUGGCAACUUCUCUAUUGAUUCCAGGCAAAGUCAUCAAAUCUUCUUCGGUUGCAGUGUUGAUGUUCAAUAAUUCCAUUUGCUCGUCGAUGUCUGGUAUAGUAAAAGUAUGACUGAGGUCCGGUUUCUGGCGUUUAAUAAACGAACGUAGAGAUUUUCUACGUCCCUUUGGUAGGCCCGCAUUGUUACCCAUUUCGCUUAUAUUAAAAACCAUUUGUUGACCCCUUGUAACACCGAAUCAAAGUUUAUUCGAUUGAGUCACACACUGCACUGGGAAUUAAUUACAUUAUUUAUUAUCGAGAAAAGAAUUAUCGGUCAGCCUUGGGCGACGCACGAUUUCUCACUGUAAUUUAUCGCGACACAUUAUUGAACUUUGACCGUCAGAUUAAAUUGGAGACAUUUUACCCACGAGUAUCAGUAUCGCGCUUUGAUAAAUGAUUAAAUGAAUAAAAAUAAUCUAUUAUAUUAUUGUUGAAAAUAAAAAUUAUCUGACAUCCUAGGAGUGAGGUUAUGAUGAUGUCACAAUCAGCUGAUUUUGAUGAAGCGCUGUUGCCAAAAUGUCUCAAUUCAAAGAUGAUCCGUCAUCCGUCACAUUUGCCGAAUGACAAAGUCAAAAUCAGCUGUUUUAGGUUAUGGUUAUGAUUCAUGCCACUGUUCAUGCGGAUCAAAACAAAAACAAAAACAUUUAUAAAAAUACUUUAAAUAAAUAAAUGGGUGCUUUGUGAUUACAACAAAUAUAAUAUUGAUAAUGGUAUUCGAUGCAUCACCAGCAAGCAAACGUUAUUCUUGAAUCUCGUGCGGUAACAUUAUAGUGAGAAAAAAAAAUAGUGAAACAUGUUGAGUUUGUUAUUGAAAUUCACUAUUUUAACGUUUUUACUGUUGAAUAUUUCAUUAGUAAAAAGCCAAUUUGUUCUCGAUGAAACCAUAAGCCCAAACUGCACCAAUGCACGUGAAAUUUUCGCCAAUGCCUCAUCGAAAUUUAUAAAAUGCUCCAUAGAAUUUUCCAGGCCCAUUACAUUUUGCGAGAACUGUAUAGCAAAGUAUAUCAAUGUCCUUAGCAGUUAUCACAAUAUGUCUCUGAUUACAAAUAAUGGAACCCCUUGCAUCAACUAUUUCGUAAAUAACGAUAGACUUGGUAUAGUUCAAACCUUAUAUGAGAAUAGUGUUAACUUAUGGAAUAGAGCUAAAUGUUAUGAAUGCUUUGAAUUGAAAAAUGGCACAAUAACGCCAUACAUUUCAAACCAAACGGUAACAUUUCUAGAACUAUUUUCAAAUUUCUCUUCGUGCCAAAACAACACCGAAGACGAAGCAAUAUGUGCCAUAUGCGAUGACGAAUAUCAGGUGUUACAAGAUUAUUUUUUCAGUAUCAGUAAUGAAAAUGAGAAAAUCGGAGUUUGUAUGGAUAUAGUUGAUAUGAUGAACUCUACUUGGACCUAUUGGGGCAACAAGUGCUGUAAAUUCAGAAGGCACAAAGAAUACGGUUUUAUAUUUUCAACAGUUGCAGUUCUUGUCACGACAGUUUUGUUUUAUAUAAUUGCCCAAAUAUAUGCCAAAAAGAAACAGCCUACAAUAGUCGAACAGACAAGAUUUUUAAACACUUUGGAGACGUGAGAGGACUGACCUGUUAAUUUGUUGCAGUUGAGUUUGUGAAAUAAAUUUUAUAAAUUGAUAAUAAUAUAUAAGGAUUCGCAAAAACACAAAAAUCGUAGAAAUCUGGAAUUUCCAGUGAAUCUUAUCCUACUGGAGGACUACAAGCCUUGAAAAUUUCAGUUUGUGAGCAGUUAUGAAGUCAAGUUCUAAUUCCGGAAUUGGUUUGGCACCAUUAGAAGAAUAGGAGUUUCAAUACAUGGCUCCAGGUUGUUCGAACUCUGGGUCAAAAUUGAGAAAAGCCGGUGAAAAUCUGUAGAGUCAUAUCGUGAGCUGUUGAUCGCGAAGACUAACUCCGGAAGAUGAACGUUUCAUUUUCUGUGAUCAUCCCCACAAAAUUAUGCUACCAAUGUUUUGAUAGUCAACUUGCGGAGUAUAUGGCGGUUUCGAAAGACGAUAGCGGCAGCAGCAAUGGAGAAGAUGCCCUUCAAGAGAUGUUGAAAGAUGCGAAACGUUCAGAAGCGGCGGAAAAUCAUCGGGCUGCCACUCUACAAGAAAUCCAUCAGAACCGUUUGAACCAUAUCAGGAAGGAGUUGUUGGAGCACAUCAAGAAGACAGAAUGGAAAUAUAGGCCUAUUGAAACUUAUAUUGGACAGAGUGAUUCUCAAGCUGAACAUUACAAAUAAAUAGUUUUGUGGAGAGUUUUGUCUUAGGAAUUAAAUUGUGAAUGUGGAAUAAUGUGAAGAAUUUUUAAUAAAAAAACCCUUGAUUACUUUUUUUUUUGAAAACAAUAAUAUAUUACUUCAAAAUUUUACAAACAUACU